CAGCUUCAGUUUAGAAAGCGACCGUGCGAACAAAAUCAGAGGCAACGUACAGGAGGAGUAUUGCAAUGUGCUAUUGAAUAUUGUAUGUAGUUAAGCCUUAUCAAUCAAUGGGUUGGGAUGUCUAUCCAAAUACGGCAUAUUUCGCCGGUCGGUUUUUCCGGCGCCUUGAAAUUUAAUUUUGCCGGAUCAGAAAAAAAAAGGAAAAAGAUAUAAAAGAUAUGCAAAAAGGAGCGGUGGAUCGUUCACCAUCACCUUCCAAUCUAGCUCCAAGCUCUUAGCCAUUUACUACUCCCCUUUCAGCCCAAAGAAACCAAUCCCUAGUUGAAAAUGGGUGUGGGACGACGGAUGAAGAAACAGGGCCCUCCCCCGGCCCUGGACGAAUCGAAGAUUUCAUCUCUGAAACGGCGCAAGCCCUCAGAUCUCGACGAUGCUACUGUUCAUGAGGGGAAAAAACGACGCACAGAGAAUAAAAAACACUCCAGGCCACGGAAUUCUCUUGAUAGAAAUGUUGUCAAGGCAAUGAAGCCUGCUGUCAGAGAUAAUAAAAAGAAGCUUGUUGAAUUGGAGAAGCUAGGUACCAGCGAUAGUGGUGCGGAGGACCUGCCGGGGGAUGAGUUCGAAGAUCUCGACGAUGUCAGCGAUAUUGAAGAUGACCAGGUAUCGGAUUCCCAACAUUCAGAUAGCGAUGGGGGUUUGGAUUCAGCGUUUGACUCGGAAGAGGACCAUCCUCGAGAGGCCAUGUUCUCGGAAGACGAAGAUAUCUCUGAUGCGGAGGAAAAGCUUACCGCCGCCAAUAUUGAAGGACUAUCAAGGAAACUAGAUCUCGAAACAGAAGCUACAGGGCAACAUGCCGAGUUAGAACUUAAAGAGUCUGCCAUUCAGACCAAUAUCGCGGGUGAUAGUGUGGACGUCUUCGGGAUUGACAACCAAGCGCAGAAACAGAUCGGCCUGGCUCCCGACCUCCAGCUUCUUCGGAGCCGUAUUACAGAAACAAUUCGCAUACUUGGUGAUCUAUCCACACUUGGGCGGCCUAGCAAGUCCCGAGCAGACUAUACCAACCUUCUCAUAUCCGACAUUUGCACCUAUUACGGUUACACUCCAUACUUAGCUGAAAAACUGUUCAACCUGUUCACUCCCCGUGAAGCAUUCGCCUUUUUCGAAGCAAACGAAUCUCCCCGUCCAGUUGUUAUUAGGACAAAUACGCUACGAACCAACCGCCGCUCUCUCGCCCAAGCCUUGAUUAACCGUGGUGUCGUCCUUGAACCGGUAGGCAAAUGGUCCAAAGUUGGGCUACAGGUCUUCGAAUCUGCGGUACCAUUAGGUGCUACUCCCGAAUAUCUUGCUGGCCACUACAUCCUACAAGCUGCAUCAUCUUUCCUUCCUGUCAUGGCACUGGCGCCACAGCCAAAUGAGCGCGUUCUCGAUAUGGCUGCUGCACCCGGCGGUAAAACGACGUACAUAUCAGCGUUAAUGCGAAACACCGGAUGUGUUCUUGCAAAUGACGCAAGUAAACCCCGUGCUAAAGGUUUGAUUGGCAACAUUCACCGCCUCGGGUGCAAGAACACAAUCGUCUCGAAUCUCGACGCGCGAGAAGCCUUUCCCAAGAUCCUUGGUGGUUUCGACCGUAUCUUACUUGACGCGCCUUGCUCGGGAACGGGUGUCAUUUCAAAGGAUCCCAGCAUCAAAACCUCGAAGACCGAACGUGAUUUUCUUGCACUGCCACAUAUGCAAAAGCAACUGCUCCUAGCGGCAAUUGAUUCGACCGAUCACGCGUCUAAAACCGGUGGAUAUAUUGUGUACUCUACUUGCAGUGUGACCGUGGAAGAAAACGAAGGGGUUGUACAGUAUGCUCUCCGCAAGCGACCUAAUGUCAAGAUCGUGGAUACUGGCUUGGGAAAUUUUGGAAGCCCUGGCUUUAAGAGUUACAUGGGAAAGAAGUUUGACGAUAAAAUGCCGCUCACGAGGCGCUACUACCCUCAUCGGGAAAACGUUGAUGGCUUCUAUGUUUGCAAGCUGAAGAAAAUGGGCCCCAGUCCUAAAUCGGCGGAGAAAUCAAGUACAAACGGAUCCAAGUCCGAAAUCGAGGAGGCGGAGGAAGUGGUUGACAGAGCUCCUAUUAUAGACGAGGAGAAGGAGAAGCAGAUUGAAAACGAACCUUUCGGACCUUUUGACGAGGAAGAAGAUGCGACAUAUAUUGCAAGAGCUGAGCGAAAUAAACUGCGGAGAAAAGGGCUGAACCCUAAGGCAGUGCUGAAGGGGAAACCAAAAAAAACCAAAGAAUCCAAGAGAUAAAACAAGAAAAAAUGAUGUCCGUGGUCACUGCUCACGGGGGCUGAAGAAGAGACGAAACAAGGGAGAGAAGGUCUCACAAAGGAGCAGGCCUUGGGGGGUGGGGGGGGGGGGAAUAAAUAGGGUAUCAGUCAUCGAUAAAUGUAUAGUGGUAUCCGCGCCAUAUACCUUAGACAGUCCAUGUUCAUUUGGAUGUUACGUAUUUCGAUAAUAUUAAUCAUUUCUAAUAAUCCGUGCCUGUGCUAUUGCGACACUAUUGCUCAUUCUCACUGGCGCGGAGGGUACAUGGGCCACAUUUUACACACAUGUCAGAUCCAUUUCUGUCAACGGAAUUUUUCUUCACCGUUUUAAAAUAUGAUCUAGAUGAAAACUCUCGCAUUCAGACAACUGACUAGGUUAAUGUUGUUGUGGAAAGAGAUCAGGGGGCGCAAACCACGCUGAGUUAUAACCAAGUUCUUUUUUCCAACUUAAGCCAUUUUCCAAAUUAACAACUAGUUCGCUCUACUCUUAGUGUAUGUACAUAGAAACAAUAUUCAUCCAAAAAUGGUCGCUUCCAAGGAACCGACAAUACCGAAAUCAGCAAUGACGAAGCUGUAUCUGAAUCUAGAAUUUUAGGUGGAGAUCGAAACCAAGCAAGAGUGGUAAAAUGAUAAACAAGACGGGUUAGGGAAUUACGAUACGAUAUAUAGAUCUUGAAGGGGAUUCGCUAACAAUGAUCAUCGCUAAAAUAACUGUGGAAGGGCGCGCGAAAACGGGCACAUAGUCGUCAAAAUAAACAGGUAAGAAGCAGAGCAGGUAAACAGAGGCGGGCAUAACCCUCAAGCUGAAACCAAGUCGUCGCCGCU